CCUGAGACGGCCGGCAGAGGGCAGGGCGGGCACCAGAAACCCUCUCGGCGAUAUUUUGGUGCCCUGGCGGAGGUGCCUUACAGUGCCACCUCCCUUGCCAUCGCCAUCGUUGCUAAGUCCAAGUCUCUAGCCUCAGAGCGUCUCCCGCAAGUCCCUUUGAGGACGAAGAAGAUGAAGUGAAGGUGGGCGUGUGUGUAAGCAUGGAGGCUGAUACGCCCACACAGGCCCACAGGGAGGCGACAAAGAUCAUCACGGCCACGCCCACCGCAUCCCCCUCUCACCUGCACCUUCACUGCCUUUAGGAGAAAGAGUAAGAAGAAAUUACGUCUGGCUUCAGCUGAUCGAUACAAGAUGUCCGCCCCUCGCACCGCCCGCGGCGGGAAGGAGGACGUGGAGCGAGUGGCCACGCCCCCUUUCCCCGCCCAGUUCUACCCGAUGCCGGGCUACCAGGGGCCCCCGUGGUUUCCGGGCCAGGGCCCCCCUCCGCCGUGGGCCGCGUCGUGGAGCGCUCCCCCCAUGGGCUUCCCGGCGCCGCCCGCGGCCUGGUCGUCCCCGCAGGCCAUGAUGCCGUCCAGCUCGACCAGCACGACGGCCGCCAUGCCGUCCGACGAGUACACGGUGGACACCAUGCGGCGCAUCUACAACGACGACGACGGCCGCGUCGAGAUCCAGCGGGUCAAAGUGCAGCGCCGCCCCCCCGACGCGGGCGCGCUCCCGUACCCGAGCGGGCCCGAGGCCAUGAGCGUCGUGCCCGUCGGGAGCUUCCCCCUGAACGAGCGACGCCCUCCGCCCCGGAAGAAGAAGCAGCUGCAGGCUCUGCAGGCGGCGCAGGGCCAGGGCUAUCCCUGGUACCCCUACAUGCCGUGCAUGCCGUACCCCGUGCCCUACCCCUACUACUACGGCGGCUGCAUGUGGAGCCCCGGCGCGCCGACGGGCCACAGCGUCCCGGCGUGGUCGGGGCAUGACGAGAGCGAGAGGACGUCGUCGCGCCAGGACUCGCUGCCUACCACCCUGGACUCGCAGCGCCUGGAGUCCCGCGCGUCCGACCCCUUGAGGGGCUCCAUCUCGCCCGUGUCGCAGCGCUCGCCCUCGCCCGCCGCCGGCUCGCACGUCACGGACGCCCACAGCCUGGCGCCCUCGGACAGCGUGUCGAUGCGCGGCUACAAGCGGGAGUCGUCGCUGGAGCGCGCGCUCAUGUGCCCGACGCCGCCGCCGCGCACCAAGAGCAGGAGCGCCGAGCGGAAGUCGAGCGCCGACGUCGGGAAGAUGCAGGAGUGGAUGGUCGACAUGCACAAGGCGAUCCUGGCCUCCGGCGACGGGGCCUCCGACGCCGACAAGUCCUCCUUCGCCACCGCGCCCACGGACGUGGAUCCCUACAAGAAGCUGCCGCCCAGGAGAAAGAACCGCGCGGCGAGGCUCGCCAGCCUGAGCGAAAGGAGUUCCCUGAGCGACCACAAGGACAUGGACGACGCCCUCGAGAAACGCAGCAUCACAUCAAUCGGGUCUGACGAUUCGCUCAAACUGAGUUCAGAACUUACCUACGCCUUCAAGAAGUUAGAGCAAUCUGUUGACGCAUUCAAGACGAAGGUUUCGAGCGACUCCACCCCAGUGCACACCCCGCAGCGGCUGCCCUCCCCGCCCCCCUUGCAUUCCAGCGGGGAAGAAACGCCCACAGAAGCCAUGGAAGACGCGGUGGUGUCUCUCGACGUCACCGACGCCGAAAAGAGCGUCACUCUGGCGAAGUCCGACGCCGCUUCAGAGGACCCUUCUUCCCCCCCUCCGCUAGAAACCAUCUCCCCGACAUUCUUCAACGAGGCAACGACCCCACAGACGCCGAAGGAGGAAGAUAAACAAAUCGUCGCCAAAGCGGAGGAAAUCCCUUCGUCCCAAACCACAUCAGACACGAGCAGUUCCCAGACGUCUGUGGCAACGACCUUACAAACCACAGACGUCAGCGCGACCCCCGCAAGCGAAGCCGAACCAACCAAAACAACACCAACAGCCUCACCUCCCGAAGCCAAGGACACCCCCACAGCACUGCCACAGCCCACAGAAGCAACACAGAUCUCCCCCUCCACAGAAAAGCCGCCGGAGGAAACCCAGAACACCCCCCAAAUAACCGAAACCCCACCUACAUCCACAGCGACGGAGAAACAGGUCCCUGCCUCCGACCAAAUGGACUCCUCUCACCCUCCUCUUCCCUCGGAAAUCGAAGCCAAAGCGAAUGAAGAAGAGGCAAGCGGUCGAGAAUCAAGAGCAAGCGAGAGCACUUUCUUCUCCAUCAGAGCUUCUGACGACCAGCUGCUCGUAGACACAGACUCCACAGACAUCCUGCUGCCAACCACAGACGCCACCACCGCAGAUGAGGUAGAUGGCCUAUGGAGAGCCCGUCUCGUCGUGUCCUUAUGCCGGGGUCGAGGCCUAGACCGCCAGGACUGGUCCACCUUCCACCUGUUGGUCCGCCAUCCCCUCACACUCGACCUCAAGCUCUCCCUCCUGCACGCGCCUCGACUCUGCGCCGCCAACUCGACCGUCGGCGCAGCACUCGUGAGGGUGGCACUCAUCCAUCUGGCACAGUACGGCGAGGCCCUGUUGCAGCCCGAUGCCUCCAGGCAGACGGGCUGGAGGUCCAUCAAGGUCGACCCCAACCAGUCGUGGGCUCCUGUCAAGGGCGCCAUAGAAAUCCUUCAGGCACUAGGAUACAAGCAGCGAGAAGACGGCAUACUCCGCUAUCCUCGCCGUUCGAACACUGAGGUCUCGGUCCUGGCCAGGCUCACGCUCGACAUGCUCGUCUUGGCAGAGGAACUUCGCCUGUACUUGACCGGGAUGCACCAAUACCCAACCAACAUCUCUGACCUGUUCUUCUCGGCCACCAGUCCCAUUGCCCCUUCGCCAGACCCUGUGAUGCAGGAUGUUCUUCAGAGACCACAGUCCUCUGCUAGCUCCUACAGCUUCCUAUCGGCUCAGUCCAACGCGUCACUCGACAAGAGACCAGAGAGCAGAGCGUCCAUAUCAGAUGAAGAAACGGAGACUCUUCAGGAAUCCGUACAGCAGACCAAAGGCCCCGCCAAGAAGCCACGUCGGGAUUCUUCUUCUGAAGAGGAAGUGACCUUACGAGAAGAGAUUAAGGAUGUGAAAGGAGACAGCACUGAAGCUAUACAGGACGAACUGGCUGGUGAGAUGCCUACAGAAGAAGCUCCUUUACCUGCUGAAGUUUUGCGGAAGAAGGAGGAUAAACGAUCAGGUUCGGUGCUCGCCCUCCCCCUGAAUCCUAUAGACAGAUCAUCUCUAAGUACGAUGACAAGUAUGCCGGAUCUCCAGUCCCUCCGCUCCAGCACCAUCUCUCGAGACAGUCCUCUUCGUCCUGAAAGCAACAACUCAGCUGCCCCAGCAGGAGAGGCAACAACAGGGAGUGACAACCCCGAGGAUCACAUCUACGAAGAAAUCGAUGUGAUUCGCGCUCAGGUUCAAGCGCUAAGAUCUGCGAGUGUUCCGGCUCACACCCCGCCACCACCUCUUCCUCCCAAGAAGAAGGUGAGUUCUGGUGGAGAAGAUGACUCUAAUCUGAGCAUCACUUACCCCAGCAUGGAGUGGACGUCCGCCUCCACCCCGGGCUCCCUGAGAGGUGGCUCAACAGGCGCCCGAAGGAAGAAAAGAAGAGCACCAAUGCCUCCAGACUUCAUGCCUCCUGACUGGAGACCUUAUCAAAACAGAAGCGUCGAAAAUGCCAGCAGCACAACCCAAGAUCAGGCGUCGCCAAGUCCUAACGAAAUGAGUGAGGAAGAAAGAAAGAGAAAGGAAGAAUACAGACGAUCACUGAACCCAUUCUAUGAGGACAUUGAUUCUGUCAAAGAGAAAGUGAAGGAAUUACAAGCUAAGGAAGAGGAAAAGAAUCCAUUUGUCAAGGAGGACGUGGUAGUAGCUGGAUACAUAGGGAAGAAUCCGUUUUAUGAAGACGUCGAACCUUUGAAGAAAGACGCUAAAGGUUCUGAGGAAAUUAAAAAGAACAAAGAUUAUGAAAAGUUGCAAAUUACACGAAAGGGCGAAAAUGGGAAGCUAAGUGGUAUGGGAUCAUUGGCUGAGCUACAGGAUGACUCUGUGCAGACCAGACCAAAGCGGAAAGCGCCUCGCCCGCCACCCACGCCAGAUCCAACUUCCGCUUCGGCAGCAGAGAACACAUCAGUGACUGCCUCGAGUUCUGAAAUUGCUGAAUCAACCGCCUCAACCCAACAGCCGUCAUCUACUCCGCAGCCCCCCACUUCUUCACGGCCUCCUUCCGCUCCACCACGGCCUCCAACCCCACGCUCGUCUUCCAUUCCACGAACAGCCUCCACUCCCCAACCUUCAUCAACUGACCAGUCAACCUCGCAGCCUCCUUCAACCCCCCAGCGCCCCCCAACUCCGAAACGCGCUUCAACUCCCCGAAGGUCCUCUACCCAGGGCACUCCCAUCCCUCCAGACACUCAGAGUCAAGGGGAGCAAACGAAAAAUGUCGAAGCAGAUGACGCCAAGCCACCAAUUCCUGCCAAACUCCGAAAUGGGGAGAAGAAUAACGACAGCAGCCCCUCAGAGAUGGCCAAGUCAACAGCAAACGAGCCCCAAAGUGGUCCUCCACCACAGCAAGACGGCAAAGAACCAGAAACUCAAAAGGAAGAAGCGAGACAAGUUAUCUCGAAAGCCAUCAAGAACCAGCAACAGCGGAUACAGCUCCAGCAUCCAAAGACUCCGCCUCCACCACCCCCGUCGUCCUCGAAACCAGCGCCUCCACCUUCCGACACUCAAUCAGCCGAAGAAAAGAAAGAGGAUGCAGCAACGACGCCUCCAAGAGACUCGCUGGCCUUUCUGGACGACAUUCCGUACAUGGAUGCCAACGAAGUCAAGGAUGCCAAGACGAAGCCCUCAGACUCGAAGGACCAGCAGAGUUCUCAGUACGAGAUCCCAGAGCCCCCCGGGAAAGUCCUCGUGCCCGCCCAACUUUCCCCAACGGUCAUGAGGCAGACUGCCCUCCUGCUACGGGGAUCACGCACGGUCCCUUUCAUCGACGAGUCCGACCUCCCCCCUGACUGCCCUCCCCCUCCUCCGCCAGGCCCUCCGCCCGAUUCACCGCCGACGUCGCCUCCUGAAACGCCUCAUACUUCCCCCCCUGAGACCCCUCACACCUCCCCUCCCGAAACGCCCCAGGGGUCACCAGUCCCUUCCCGUGUUAACCUCUCAGCGACCACCACCACCCCCGGAGUAAAGAAAACAGAAAUAGACAAACCAACGGAUAUCAGACCGUCACAGAAGGCAGAGGACAAAGACCAGCCACCCGCACUGCCACCCAAAACCACUUCAACCUCGAGUACGUCGCCGAAAGCCAAAAUCACCGAAAUCAAAGAAACGACGGAACAAACAAAAACCUCGGAAGACAAACAAGCGAAAUCGACGCAACUCCAAGACUCAAACGAAAAGGAAGAGCCAAAGAAAGAACACGAAACGUUGUCCAGUCAGCCGUCGGUUCGAAGCUCCGUAUCCGAAGACCGGUAUGAGAUCCCGGACACAUCGAAGCCGCCAGCCACGAGUCCGGACAGUAGCCAAUCCACCAAGACCGAGUCAGGAGGCGACUCGGAGGGGAAGCCUGGCGAAUCGAACGAGCCUGCUUCGGUCUCUGACAAGCACGAGAUUCCUGAAGCGACGAAGGAGAGCGUGGUCGAGGAGCGCUAUGAAAUUCCUGAGGUUGUGAAGGAGACGGCGAUUAACGGUGGAGCCAGCAGUGUGCCCCGGUCGUUCCUGGGCCCCGCCGUGUCCCCGGGCCGCGGCAACCUGGAGGCGGUGUUCGGGCCACCGAAGCCCCCCCGACGGCGCCGCAACCACCACUCCCCCCCGCCCCCGCGCCCCCCGAAAUCUAGCUCGCUCGACUCUUCGUGGCAGCCGAAGCUCCCUCCGAAGGUCGGGAGCCUCGUGGUGCGGCCUGGCUCGACGACCUCCUCCUUCAGCACGACCUCGGGGACGACUUCGGGAUCGACCGCGCCCACGCCCUCGUCGAUGCCCGCGACGCCUCGGCCUGUCAAGGGGGACAAGGCCAAGCCGGCUAGGAAGUCGUGGCCAUUCCUCCUGUGCGACUGCCUCUACGCCAACUGCCGGACGUACGAUAACGCCAAGUGAUAAACGAGUCGUAGUGAUGGAGUUAUAUAUUAAAAUCUUCCUUGCACUGGGGGACGACUCUGUGACUUUAAGAAACAUAUUUUAUUUUUCUUGUCAUACUACUCGGGUAACGACAGAAAUAUCCUGGCAAUAGACACGAC